CUUUUUUUUUUUCUCUCUGUAUGAACAUAAAGAACUUUUCUUCAUUACAGUUGUCUCCUUCCACUUGAGCAGACGCUAAACUGAAACACACUCAACCUUUCUGUCUGAAAUGCUCCUGAGGGCGAAGCAGGCGAACGCAGCAGGGAAGCGAGCGCCGCGUGCACGCAGCCAUUAUUCGGACGAAAGCUUUCUGUUCUCAUCCCUCUGUGACCAGCUCUUCAUUUUAAACACUAACUACUUCCUUCCCCUCCUCUCCCCCUAGAAGAAAUGUUUUCUCCCCAUUUCUUUUUAACAGCUAAGCAAUGCAGUAGCAAAGGUAUUGAAACUCAGUCUGCUGAAUAAUAACUUAAUGAUGUGAACCCCGUUCUGUUGCUUUUGAAUGGAUGGCUGCUUCAGCGAGGGAGCUGCUGGGAUCUGCUCCCUGCCGUGCUGGAUGUGAGGAUGAAGAAACCUGGUACAAAACUGAACCAAAAUAAAAGAAUGAAGUUAACGCUACAAGACUAUGGAAUACGAAGAAAUUAUAUGCAAUUAAGCCAAGCUGAAGAACUAAUAACGAACACAUGCAGUCUAUAUUGUCAAGCAUUUGGAACUGUCUGCUGAUACCUGAUAGAACACUGCUGCAUCAAGCUGUAUUUAUCUGCAUGCUGUAGCAUGAUGCAGCAUGGCAGAGGUUAAUGAAGUACACUGGUUUGAAGACCUCGGCGCAUGUUUCCACUAUAAACAGUCAAUCACAGAACGAGUGGAAGCUGACAAAUCAUUCCUUCUAGGAUUACCUCCUGGCAAACAUAUGAAACCUUGGAAAUUUAUUUUGGCUUUCUAGAAAAGCAGUUUAAACCAACCACAUUUAUUUUGUUCAUGUCUGAUGUCUUAUCUGAGUGCAGGUCUCCAGAGGUGAUAUAUUAAUGUCCUAAAGCGUCGCACCAUCUGGUUCCUCUUUUGAUGCGCAACAUUUGAACGCUUGGUUUAAUCUCUCUGGAUUUCAGAGUAAAUUAUGUAAACUCGCAGGCUUGGCAGCAGGAGAUGGGCACCAUGAGGAGAUGAUUCAGUCAUCAAUAUAUAUUGGGCUUCCUUAUUGCUGCCAUUACACUUCUUUCAGUUCUACUUAUAAAUUUUGCAAGUGAAUAAUUCAUUGCACUUGAAGCUGCAAGUUAGUUUUAGGAUUUGCCCACUCUGAGAUUAGCUGUGAUAAAUCCACACCUCUCCACAUGUGGAAAAGCCAACUGGGUUUCUGUUUUCCAGGACUGGGAGAUAAAUCAGAAAUAAAUUGCAUGUAUAUGUAACUGCUGUUGAUGACAUAAAUCACAUUUUCUUUUUUCUUUCCGGACAGAACUGGGGCACCUUGGAAUACAAGCGAGUACCAGAUUCUGCACUGGCUAAAGCUGCCUUUGGAAAGCCAUGGCUUCUGCCCCUCAGCUCAACUCGGAUGCGCUCCGAGAGGUCCUGGAGUGCCCCAUUUGCAUGGAGUCCUUUACUGAGGAGCACCUGAGACCCAAGCUCCUACACUGUGGGCACACCAUCUGCAAACAGUGCUUGGAGAAGCUCCUAGCAACCAGCAUUAACGGGAUACGCUGCCCUUUUUGCAGCAAAAUCACUCGGAUCAAAAACUUAGCUCAGCUGACUGACAAUCUUACUGUACUGAAGAUCAUAGACACCACGGGGCUGGGGGAAGUGGUUGGUCUCCUCAUGUGCAAAGUCUGUGGGAGAAGGUUGCCAAGACACUUUUGCAAGAGUUGUGGCUUGGUUUUGUGUGAGCCUUGCAAGGAGACUUCACACAUGCCCCAAGGGCAUAAUGUCAUUGCUAUCAAAGAGGCUGCUGAAGAGCGUAGGAGGGAAUUUGGGACAAGGCUUGCCAGACUUCGGGAGCUCAUGGAUGAUCUGCAGAAAAGAAAAGCAUCUCUGGAGGGUGUUUCGAGUGACCUGCAAUCUAGGUACAGAGCAGUUCUGCAAGAUUACAGCAAAGAAGAACGCAAGAUCCAGGAAGAACUGGCCAGGUCACGCAAGUUCUUCACCACCUCUUUGUCUGAAGUGGAGAAGGUAAACAAUCAGGUAAUGGAGGAACAAGCUUAUCUGCUGAACUUAGCAGAAGUGCAGAUAUUGUCUCGCUGUGAUUAUUUCCUUGCCAAAAUAAAGCAAGGAGAUAUAGCUCUCUUGGAGGAGGCAGCAGAUGAGGAAGAACCAGAACUGACAAACAAUCUCCCAAGGGAGCUGAUUCUUCACGAGGUUGAACUCCUUAAGGUGAGCCACGUGGGACCACUGCAGAUUGGGCAGGUGGUGAAGAAACCCCGGACCGUUAACCUGGAAGAAUCACUUAUGGAAACCGCAGCAUCUUCAUCGGCAUCGUUUAGAGAGCCUGACUUGGUGCAAGAAGAAGCCAGCUGCACGCCAAAUUCCUCCCCAGCCAAGCUGAGGAUGCCCGAAGCAGCAGCAAGCAUCCAGCAGUGUCACUUCAUCAAGAAGAUGGGCUCCAAGGGCAGCCUGCCGGGGAUGUUCAAUCUGCCCGUCAGCCUGUACGUCACUCUCCAAGGAGAGGUGCUUGUGGCGGACCGAGGCAAUUUUCGAAUCCAGGUUUUCACCCGCAAGGGCUUUCUGAAGGAGAUCCGCCGGAGCCCCAGCGGGAUCGACAGCUUUGUACUGAGCUUCCUCGGAGCAGACUUGCCCAAUUUGACUCCCCUUUCUGUCACCAUGAAUUGCCACGGCCUGAUAGGUGUGACCGACAGCUACGAUAACUCUGUCAAAGUGUACACCAUGGACGGCCACUGUGUGGCAUGUCACAGGAGCCAGCUAAGCAAGCCCUGGGGCAUCGCAGCUCUGCCCUCUGGGCAGUUUGUGGUGACCGACGUGGAAGGGGGGAAGCUCUGGUGCUUCACUGUGGACCGUGGCGUGGGGGUGGUGAAGUACACCUGCUUGUGUAGCGCGGUGCGCCCCAAGUUUGUCACCUGUGAUGCUGAAGGGACCAUAUACUUCACUCAGGGGCUGGGGCUCAACUUGGAAAACCGGCAGUACGAGCACCACUUAGAAGGAGGCUUUUCAAUUGGCUCCGUCGGCCCAGACGGGCAGCUGGGACGCCAGAUUAGCCACUUCUUCUCUGAGAAUGAGGAUUUCAGGUGCAUUGCUGGGAUGUGCGUAGAUGCCAGGGGGGACCUCAUUGUUGCCGACAGCAGCCGUAAAGAAAUCCUGCAUUUUCCUAAAGGGGGUGGCUAUAAUAUCUUAAUCCGGGAAGGACUCACCUGCCCGGUUGGUAUUGCCAUUACUCCCAAAGGGCAGCUGUUGGUGCUGGACUGUUGGGAUCACUGCAUUAAGAUCUACAGUUACCAUCUGAGAAGAUAUUCCACCCCUUAAAGACAUUCCUCUGGGGAAAGCCCCUUUCAUUAGUAGCAAUUCUUCCAGCCUCAUUGCAGUCUGACAGGAACCGGUGUCAAACAUUGAGAAAACUGCACCACAGCCCAGUGGGGCUUGGCAUAGAAGCCAUCACAUUUUUUGUUUAGGAACAAAAUAACUAACGUGGUGGUGGUCUGCAUUUUCUCUUUUUGAAUCUGCCCAAUAAAAAAGAAAAGCAUGAAGGAAGAGAUCCUUCUGGAAUACUGGUUCUUUGCUAAAUGACCAGUCACUCCUUAACCCUUCUCACCUCCUUAUCCUGCAUUGACUACGUCUUCAGCCUCUGUACCUUUCUUCGUGCCAUAAACACUGACUGACUGCCCUAAAUCACCUUCCUUUUGGGGACUAGAGAGGCAAUCCUCUUCUCGCCAUGGUACUCGCGAGGAACUCGGUAGCAGUUGUCUGGGCAACUACUAGAGAAAGCAAUUUCUGAUUGCAGCACUGCAUAAAACAAAAUAGCCCUCUUAAACUGCACGGAGAUGGAGCUUUACUUUCAAACUGAGGAGCGAGGGUUUUCUCUCUCCGCUGUUCUGGUAUUCAGGAGAUGGCCCCUGUCGUGCCGUUUGUGAACCGUGUCUGUUCAAUGUGAAGUGAGUACAGUGCAAUCAUGGGAGACCGAGCUGAGCCAGAAAACUCUGAUGGCAACAGGGUUCUUAUUACUGCUAAGAAUUCUGCUGGGGAGGAGGGAGGGGGAGAAGGGUGGGGGUUGGAGGAAAAAAUCGGGGGAAAUCUGUUGAUAUUCGGAAGCGUGCUGUUAUUAAAUGUACCUUGGGAACUGUCUUUGGGAGGCGUGUGCGGUACCUUCACCUGGGGGGAGGGAAAGGCGGGGGGGAAUAAGGCUGGGAGAUGGGAGUAAAUGAGAGCACAUGCAGCUGUAUGUUCACCUGCACCUCACUGCCUGCAUUCCAGGUUGUCGUCUUGAGAACCAGGUUUCCACACGUCUGCACUUUGGAUCCCACAAUGAGGGGGGGGGGGGGGGGGGGGGAUUGCUUCAGUUUUAUUUUUUAGCACUCGGAAGCACACCCAUUGGUGCAGCGCCUUUUUCUCCUAGCACAGCACAUCACGACAUUCCUCAGCUUUUUUUUAUGGCACCAGCAGGCACCAGAGUUCACGUUCAUCGCGGCUUUGGGCCAAAUGAAGCACAAAACUGCAGCUGUGUGAACCAGGCCCCCACAGUGCCACUCUCCUCACUGAUCAAUGUGUACCUCAGUGUGGUGCUGCUUGCCUGGAAUAGUUUAUUGAAGGCAAGACGCAUUUAAAUAGGGCACAGUGGUAGCAUGUUAAUCUGCCACAGAUAAUAGUUACGCUGCAGUGCAUUUAUUUGUUGCUAUCAACAACAUAGUUGCAAAUUUGGGGGCAUGGCAGACAGUAUAAAAGCUGAUUUUAUGGUGGCUGCCAUGCGACAGCAAAUUGUUUGCUGCUUGUCCUACGACAUGUAUGCAACAGGUGAUUUUUUUACGCUCCCAUAUACUUUUCCCUGGUGAAGCAGCAACGUAGAACAGCCUUCAGAGCAGCUGCUGCUGCAGGCCAUUGUUGGGCGGGGGUCUCUGGGAGCAGAAUCCUUUGGUAGAAUUUGAUGUUUCCCUCGCCCUGCUGUGCUCAGCCCCAGUGUGGGUCAGGGCCAGCACAGUGAGAGCCCAGCUGCGUGGUGGAGCUGCCCCCUGGGCAGGACAACGUCCUGUUUUUCUCACUGUAAUUGGCUGUAGAAAGAUCUUAGAGAAGAGGGUGGGAGCUAAGAGGGGAUGAUUAGCAGGGCAGGUGAUGGAAGACUCUAAAGGAGCCCAAGGGAAUGUAACCCCCAGUCCCUCCUGCACUGCUCUGUAUUUGCUGAGGCUGUCGAUAUGCACAUAACUAUUUACAUUCUCUGCUUCUCUUUUUGGGUGGGAGGGGGCAGUUGCCUGAGGUACAUAACAGCAAUUUGGGGAGCUGAUCUCAUCUUGCAUGUAUGUUUUUGGGAGAUGACUGCUAUUACUGGCACCUUCUGCAGUUAAUUACACUGUAACUCAAGGCGUUUUUUCCAGUAUUAUGGUAAUGUCAGCUCCUCUCCUACUGAUCUCUUUUAAACAUCUCUCCUGUUUCUAAGAACUGCUCCAAGCAGGAAGCUACUGUGGACCUGAAUAAUUGAAGCAAUAUUAUCUAUGAUAAUAUGUACCUCCGUCAUUUUCUGUUCCAAUGGAAUUUUUUGUUGCAAUAAACAUCGCACUACCAGCAAGAACAUUUCCUGGUGUGCUUAAAGGGACAUAAAAGCUUGUCCAGCAAACGGACGGAGCUGUUGUUCACCCCAGCCUGUCACCGGGUACACAGCUCAAACAAAGCAUCUGUCAUCUGCUUCUCAGAGACUGGGAAGAAUAACACUAACAUAACACAUGCUGUGCCACGCAUUGGUGGGACAAGGCAGGGCGAGGGUGCCCGGCUGUGUUUUGUCUGCAGCUCUUCCAGGUUUCAGGCAAGGAAAGGAAAAAGGAAAUCUCUUGUCCUUAGCCCUUCCCCUGCCACAGCCCAGCAGACUGUGGGCUGAUGCUGCAGAGCUGUGUGUCUCACUGGGGUGCCCCCACGCGAUGUUGUGAUCGUCUGCCAAGUGAGAUUAAGGGCUGCGAUGAGAUAGUUUUGCUUCCGCUCUUCACCUGGAGAAGGAACCUGCCUGGUUGUACGUAUGUGUUCGGUUUUUGAAGGCGGUGUAAUAAAGGAAAAAUGGAUCCAAUGAAAAGCGCGUUGCGAGCGGCUCAUUUUGUUAUUAAAAACACUUCAUCUUC